AAACUAAAGAGAUUACUCAAGCUCAAACAAAAAGCAAAUCUAAACAAAUUAAUCAAAAAAAUUCUUUCACUCCACAAGAAACUCAAAUCAAUUUUUCACAAGAAAUUUAUAUUCAAACUCAAGAAAUUCAAGAAAAAAAUGAUUUCAAAAAAAGAAAAGUAGAAAACCAAGCUGAUAACUCAGAAAUGGAUGUAGAUUUAGAUUAUAAAAUCAAUGAAAUAGAUGAAGAAAUGGAAUUGUUAAAAUUUAAAAAAAAGGAACUUGAAAUAGAAAAAAGAAUGCAUGAGUUAACUAUUGAAAAAAAUAAGUUAAAAAGGAAAAGAGAUACAUAA